UCUUGUCAAACGAUAAUCACUGUCAUUGUCUAACAUAAGCGAUAUGGCAUUAUUGUGCCAGAUGCAGUCACGGUGGAUAGAGAAGAAUGGGUCUGCAGAUCUCGUCUUUAACUACAGAGGCAUUCCCAUGAUUGUAGGGUUCGGCAACGGGUGUGCCGCAAGCGUUUUUGUGUUCUUGACUGUCUCCGAGUUACACGAAACGCAGGGCAGAGCGGCUUAUUGCUCUGGGGCGAUUAUUUCAAUCCAGCAGAUUGUAUUGAUGAUGGGCUUCUCAAAAUAUUUUGAAGGCAUUUGCAGCACCAUGAGCCCUUGUCUUAGUUGAGUGAUACUGUAGCUGCAGCAGGCCUGUCAUCAUGGCCAAAUUUUGUGCCAAAGUCGGGCCUCGGAGGCUGUCCGAUUGGAAUUAAUAGGCCAUUUGUUAGAGGGGCCCAUUCGAUGGCGAGCAGCUCUGGUGUGAUUUAGCAAAUAGACAGGUAUACUCUAAGCCAUCAAUGUGCACCUAAGCUUCUGCCUAGGUUAGUGAGUGACUCGGAAGAGCCGGUAGCAAACAUCGCG